GACAAAUGCUGGCCUGCUCACUGCGCACAAAACAAUGUGGGAUUCUGAUUCUUCUCCUCUGUUCCCUGCCCGUUUCAGGUGCAUUGUGGGCAGCGAAAUAUUUAAGAGGAGUUGUGGGAAGAGCGAUCACAAUCAAUUGUCACUAUGAAGCAAAGUACCACUCACACACAAAGUAUUGGUGCCAUGGGUGGAGUCGCCAAUGUUCAGUUUUAGUGGAAAUAAACGGGCAACACAGACGGAGGGAAAGAGCGUCAAUCACAGAUAACCUGGCACGGGGAAUAUUUACUGUUACUAUGGAGAAUCUUCACUCUGGAGAUACAGGAUGGUACAGCUGUGGAAUUACAACACCUGGCCUGGAUCCAAUGUUUCACGUACAUCUACAGGUCUCUGACGAACCCGUGUCUGUCCCUGUGCUUGGAUUUCUGUCACCAUCAAACAUCUCCUGUGUUGGGGGAUCAGUGUCAGUGUCCUGUGAGUCUGUCCAGGGAUCCCUUCCCAUUCAGUACACAUGGUACGAAAAGACCCCGUCUGUGGAUUCAAAGGUCUCGGACACCAGUAAACUGGAUCUACAUUGUCAAUUCUUCAUACACCAACGCCAUCAAUAUUACUGCACGGCCUCAAAUAAUCAUGGAGAAAAACCUAGUGAAAUGGUUAAUGUGGCAGUGUUUAACAACACAUGGAACUGCAGUUAUGUGGUUCAAUUCAGUCAAACCGGACCUAAAUAUUCUUGCAAAACUUUUCAUGACCAUUCUGAAAAUGCAGAUAAAAGUUCCAAAGACAAUCAACGGAAAACCAGUCGAUCCAAUUCCUCUGGAAGAUUCAUUUACAUCAUUGUGCUCAGCGUCACUGGGGGUCUUCUCAUGGCGAUCUUCGCUUGCCUACUUUUGUGCCUAAAGUGGAAAAACAGUAAAUCCAAGUGCAACACAUAUCACAGAGGAGGCAACAAUGUAUCCCAGGAAUCGGCAGCACUGGAAGGGAGCGUUUUUUAUGCAAAUCUGCAACAACUUCGAAACAAUGAGGCAGCUGCCUCGCUGGCUAACAAUGAUGAUGAAAUCAUGUAUGCAGCAGUGCAAAUUCAAAGGAAAUCAAAAGUAAGGCGUUCAGUAACCAAUGAGGAUAAUGUCAUCUACACAGAUGUUAAAUUUCAAAACAAUUCCCCAUUGGACAAUGGGAAAGCUCCCUCUCCGAGCAUUCUGCAGGACCCUACACAGACAACUUAUGCCACUGUUGCUUCUUAGGAAAACUAUUGACCUGGAACUGCGUUAUUUAUUGCUGCAUCUUUGCUCCACUGUUGUAUUAAGGUUCCUCUGCCAUAAUCUGUGCACAUACUUGCUUUGUUAAGUUUUUUUGAACUAAUUCCAUCCAGUUCCACUCGCUUCCUGUUUCUCCAUCACUGACAAAUGUAAUCAAUUGCCAUUAAACUUCUGACUCUAGGUCAUCUAUGCAAAUGACAGUGGUUUUGCUUUCUGUAUGUUGCAGUAUCCGUCCUCAUACCCUACUCCAAAAUAACUCCUCUCCUGGGUCAGACUGAGCUCGGCAUAAGUUUCUUGUCUCUAGACCUAAAAGUUGUCAGUUCAAAUCCCACCACUGCAUUUGAGCACAUAAUCCAGAUGGACAGUUCAAUGUAGAGUGCGAGAAUGUGUCACACUCAAAUCAUCCAGGGACUGAAACCAAGGCUCCACCUGCAUUUCUGGUGACACAGAAAGGGAAAAAAAAAUCAUUAAUAAACUACCAAAUUUAUAGAGAAUGACAUUGGUAAUAAAUGCUGUUCUUGUCAGUGAUGCUACAUCUCACAAAUAAAUGAAAAGUAAAACAAGAUUAGGAUGUUGUUCAGCCAUUAUAGUCAAGGACAUCAAGGGGGAGAUUGCAAACAUUAAAUAUGAUGAAUGGGAAUUUCUGAAGAGAGUGCAUCUGCUUCCAGGAAGAUCGACAAUUAGAUCCUAAGUUCAAGGCAGUGAUUAAAUACAUGAAAAAAACAUAUUUCUUGUCUCUUGACUUGAGAUACAUAUUCAGACCACCCAGAGUCAGAGGCUAAAUCUGUUUUCUGGAAUAUAUGUAAAUGACUUGGACUUAAAUGUAGGGCGCUUUGGGUAAAUUUGCUAAAGAUACCAAAACUAGCUGUGUGGUUGAUAAUGAAGAAGAAAAUUCUGGGUUCACAACAUCCAGAUGUGAUCUGUAAUUUUGCAGAUAGUGGAGUUGUUGAUAGUGUAGAGGGUAGUCUUAGGCUACAGAGCCACAUUGAUGUGUUGGUGGAAUGGAUUUAGAAAUGGCAGUUAGAGUUUAAUCCAGAUAAAUGUGAGAUUAUGCACUUUGGAAGUACUAAUGAGGCUAGGAAAUACACCAGGAAUGGUAGGGUCCUAGGGAGUACUGAGAAACAGAGGGACUUUGGUGUACAAGUCCAAAGGUCUUUGAAGGUGGCAGUUCAUGUUGGCAAUGUGGUUAAGAAGGCAUAUGGCAUACUGGCCUUUAUUAGUCAGGGUACAAAAUGCAAGAGCAGGGAGGGUAUGCUCCAACUUUAUAAAAUAUUUGUCAGACCUCAGCUGGAGUACUACAUGCAGUUCUGGUCACCACACUAUAGGAAAGAAAUUAUGGCGCUGGAAACGAUGCAAAGGAGAUUCUCCAGGAUGUUGCCUGGGAUGGAGCAAUUCAUUUAUGAAGAUAAACUGGAGAGGCUGGAUCUGUUUUCCCUGGAGUGGAGGAUGUUAAGAGGGGACAUGAUUGAGGUACAUUAAAUUAUGAGGGGUAUAGAAAUGGCAGAUUGUAGGAAACUUUUCCCCAUAUCAAAGGUGGAUGUGGAAUUAGGUAGGGAAAGGGGCAAGAGAUUUAGAGGGGAUCUGAGUGGGACCUUUUUCAUCCAGAGAAUUAUGAGUACUACACUGUCCGAGAGUGUGGUGGAAGCAGUGACUAUCAGCAUUUGAGAAGACAAGAUGUGCACUUGAAUUGCUUUGGUAUAGAAGGCUAUGGGCCAAGUGCUGGAAGAUAGGAUUAAUACAGAAGGGUGCCCACUAGUCAGCGUGGACGUGGUGGGCCGAAUGGCCUGUUUCCAUGCUGUAUAACUCUAUGACUCUCUGUAUCCCAUGAGGACUCUCUAUAUCCUCUUCAUAGCUCACACUUUCCUUUCCCCCAAAUAUUGGGGACUGCACAACAUUGUUGAUAAACUUAGUCCUCGGUCUACAAACUUCUGCUAGACACUCAAAAGACUAGUUGAUAUAACUUUUAACCAAGUAAAAUCCAUCAGUUUGCAACAUCAUCCCACAUCCCAAGGACAUGCUGGUUGUCAGGUUAACUGGUAACUGUAAAAUUUACCCUUAUGUUGGUGGGUAUUUAAUGGGCACAUGCAAGGGAAUAGGGAGUGCAAGGGAUGUCGAAGCAAGAUGGCACCGGAGCGUGGCGACUCGUUGCAAGCCGCUCUCUGCAGAUCUACAAAUUACCCUUACUAUAAUCGUUGCAAACUUUUACAUUUAAACUUUAUGCCACUAACUAUUAUUAAUAAUGUUAUUUUACACUUUACUCUGUACUGUUAUUUAUUUUACUUGAACUACAUCAAUGCACUCUGUAUACCAACCCAAUGUAACUGCACUGUGUAGUGAAUUGACCUGUACAAUCAGUAUGCAAGACAAGUUCUUCACUGUUCCUCGGUACAAGUGACAAUAAUAAACCAAUACCAAUACCAAGGUUCAGGGAAAUAGGUUGGGGAAUGGGAUUAAUGAGAUUGCUGCAAGAUCUGGCGUGGAAUCCAUGGGCACAUUGGGCUCCUUAUAUACUAAUGGGGCUUGAUAGGGUAGAUGCAGGGAUGAAGUUUCCCCUGUAUAUUAAACCCCAGAGAUUACAGACUCAAAUAUGAGGUCAGCCAUUCAAGACUGAGUUAAGUAGGUACUCCUUCACAGAGAACUGUGAAUUCUUGGAGUUGUUUCACCAGGAGGUCGGGAAGGCUCAGUCACUGGGCAUAUUCAAAUUAGAAAUCCACAUCUUUUUUAAAUUACGGGAAAUC